CACGAAGUACAAUAUUUCCCGACGUCUCGCGGAAAAUAUUGCUGAGCAAGGCUUUACGGUCCCUACUGAAGUUCAACUAGGAAGUCUUCCUCUUUUGCUCGGAGACCAAUCAGUGCCGCAGAAGUCGGGCACUGAAAAGAGCACCGAACCGGAUCUACUGGUCGUUGCGCCUACAGGAAGUGGCAAGACGCUAUCAUUUAUGAUCCCGGUGAUUAACAAGAUUGUCCGGCACCAUCACGAAAAGCCAGAGGAACGGGGCAUCUUGUCUGUUGUAAUUGCUCCGACGAAAGAGCUUGCUAGCCAAAUCGUCAACGAAGGCCGAAAGUUAGCUUUGGGAACUGGUGUGAAGAUCACUUUGAUGAAGAAGGGCAUGCGUGUGGUAGAGCGUGAUGAUGAAGACGAUAGCAAAGACGUCCUGGAUGAAGAUGAUUCGGAAUCGUCGGGCUCUGAAGAUGAUGAAAAGGCCACAGCAAAGAACAGCAAAGGAAAGGCGCCGGUUACCAAGAGCGACAUCCUUGUAACAACACCAUUGCUUCUUGUUAACGCGCUUUCUGCAAACCGGACAAAACCGUUGGCGACUCUCCCUCUUGUGAGAAAUGUGGUUCUGGAUGAGGCGGAUGUUCUCCUGGAUCCUCUGUUCCGCGACCAAACACUUGACAUCUGGCGCUCCUGCACGCAUCCUGAGCUUCGAGCAAGUCUCUGGUCAGCGACGAUGGGAUCAAAUGUCGAAGACCUCGCUAAGUCAACGAUCAAGGAGCGGAAAGAUACUCUAAGCGAGACCAAGUCUUAUCCGCUACUCCGUCUGGUGGUUGGCCUCAAGGACUCUGCUAUUCCAAAUAUCAAGCACAAGCUGGUUUAUGCUGCCACUGAGCAAGGAAAGUUGCUCGGUCUGCGGCAGCUUCUGCACCCCGCCGCAGCAUCAUCUACGGACAUUCGUUUACGCCCACCUUUCUUGAUCUUUACUCAGACGAUUCCCAGAGCGGUUGCGUUGCAUUCAGAACUGCGCUACGAUAUCCCUCCCGAGGCGGGUGGCUCGUCACGUAUAGCUGUCCUCCACUCUGAGUUAUCAGACGGCCAACGUUCCGAGAUCAUGAAGCAAUUCCGGAAAGGUGAAAUCUGGAUUCUGGUCACCACGGAUCUUUUGGCCCGUGGCGUUGACUUCAGAGGCAUUAACGGGGUUGUUAACUACGACAUCCCGAACUCCGCUGCUGUCUACGUCCACCGUGUUGGACGGACGGGCAGAGCUGGCCGUGAAGGUGGCAUUGCAGUCACAUACUACACCAAGGAGGAUAUCCCUUAUGUCAAGAGCAUUGCCAAUGUAAUUGACGUCAGCGAGAAGCUACGGGGUACAGAUGAGGAGAAGUCUGUACAGAAGUGGCUGCUAGACGCUCUUCCGGACCUCAGCAAGAAGAAGAAGGAGGAGCUCAAGAAGCACGGCGUCAAGGCCAGGCAGACCCAAGGCACCAAAGACGACAAGAAGACGAGAAUUAGCACCAAGAGUGGUUACGAGCGACGCCAGGAGAACAAGAAGAAGGCUCUCAUCUCAGCCAGCCGCAAUAGGAAAUCUCAACCAAAGCCAGGCGCAGACUCUGGCAGUGACGACGACAAUCAGGGCUGGCAAGGACUCGAGGACUAGGUUCCUAUGGAUGCGUUGGUGUUUCUGUACGAAUAUGAAAAGUCUACCUUACGAUUCCCCAAUCCAGCAUUUCAAUAUAG